UCCCUGCGGGAGACACGGAGCCGGGAGGGGAGGCCGGGUGCUCUCGCCUUGCCGGGCCCCCUCCCCGCGGCGCGCCUCGUCCUUCAGGGGUGGAGGCCGGGCCCGGGGCCCCCGAAGGCGCGCUCCAAGCCGAAGGCACAUCACAAUUGGACUUUGGUCUAGUGCUGUCCCAGAGCCAAGACCUAGAAGGAGAUGUGACAGCAAGUGAUGUAGGCCAUGAGAACCAAGUGCAACCUACGGGCAUUAAUGCUGACUUGGAGGAAGAAGAGAAGAAACAGGACUUUAAAGGCGGACAAGAUGCAGUAGCACUGGAUGAAGUGAUAAGAUCUGGGAGUGCCUGUCCUGACAGGUCAGGGGUCAACCUCAGCAGCUCCCAUAAAAGUUCUGCCAGAAGACCAACUUAUACCUGCUAUCCACUUGAUCAAAAUCCAGAAGUGAAAGAUCCCUCUGUUUGGGAUUCACAGGAGGCUGCGGUCUUAUCUACGCAGGAGGAUAUGUUUGGCCAGAGCAGUGCAACAGAUGGUGUCUGUGCCACAUCCAGGGCGGAAGAGGCAGGUUCUCCGAUAUCUACUCCUGCAGAUCCCUUGCAGGUUCUUCAUCUUUCUGGACAGGGGCCUCUUUUCAUUUGCACUUCAGGUCGUGCUACACCAUCUCCUGGUGUCUUGCAACCUGUGCCUCUCAUCAUUCCAAGAAGCCCAACAAACCAGGAAACAGAAGGAAAGCAGGAUGAAGAGUCUGUGGAUACUCCAGGGCUUUCUCAAGCAUACACACCUGUCUCACAAGAUGCACCAGCUUUUGCUCCAUCAAUCAUUGCCAUGCCGUCACAACCAGAGUUCUCCCAUGACACCUUUCUUGCAACUCCAAGCUUAGAAGAAGGACCUAAGGCACCAACAGAGAAGGAAGAUGAUUCUGAUGCCUGCCUGCCAGCAGAUGGCUCUGAAGUCCCAGAGGCAACAACAGCAGCAGCACCUUUUUCAGAGGCCCGUUUGCUAUUGCCCUCAGGCAAGGCCUGUGCUUUGGCACUGCCUGCUAGUGAAUUCAGCCAGUCCGUUGAGGAAGUGGGCAGGGUUAUGCAUCCUGAGGAAAUGGCUACAGCACCUCGUGGUGCUUUGGUGGACGAGUUUUGCUUGGCUGACCACUGCAGUGAGCAGCAGUUUAAUGAAGACAGUCAAGCUGUGUUUGUGGAGGCAGCAGGAGGAACCUCCACUAUCCAGGAUGGAGCUGGAGAUGACCUGGGCAAGGGGUCUUUGCUACCAGAACAUGAAACUGUUCCAGAGACGCCACAUGAAGAACAAGGAAAAGCUAAGCUGCUGAGUGAGGAAGGGACUUCCCUUUGCUUGAUUCUUUCUCAGGAAGGAAAAUCGGCACAAGCUGAAUCCUGCCCAACUCGAGGAAACUCUCAAGUUGUGCCUCAGGCAGCUGAACCAGAAAACUUGAAAGGAGGCCCUUUGGAAGAUACCACGGAGGCUGCUCUGGAAGGGCACAGCCCAUUCCUGGGGGCUGGUCCUGAAAAGAUGCUGAAGCUCUCUGAAACCCAGCCCCAGCCUGAGCUGGAGAGCCUCGGGUCCCAGGAGAGGGCCAGGCAGGGAAACUGGCCUGAGGGUGAGGACCAAGCUGUGGAGAAGAAGAGCUUGCUGCUUCUGCCUCCAGGAGAAGGGGAUUUGCCACGGACCAAGUGGGGCAAAACACCAGAGAAGAAGCCGGCAGCACUGCAAGGGCAAGGCAAUGGGGAGCCAGCCCCCCUUCCAAGGGCUCAGCCCAGCCCAGGGAGAGAAGACGCCGUGCUGGGGAACCUCCCUGUGCUUGGCAAGGGAGAAGAAGCACCUGUGCCACAAGCAGCCCAGCCAGGGGGUGUGGAGGGCCAGGUGGAGAGUCAGCCGAAGCCGCCUGGGCUGGCAGGAGAAAGACCACUGUGCCGAAGGGCCCCUGACGCGUCCGUCAGCUUGCCUGUUGAAAGCCCCUUUCAUUUCUCUUCACUGAAGGAGAGAGAUAAUAUUCAGCCCAUGACAAACAUCACUCCACCUUUUAUUGGCCAACUUAAAAAAGGCCCAAGACGACACAGCACUCCUAUUGUGGCUGGAAACUGUCCAGACAACACCAUAGCAACCAGUGAUGUCACAGCAGAGGACGCCACUGAGGGUACCAUGGAGAGCGCUCUGGUCUUGGCUGAGAUGGAGGUCGAACACAAAGGGAGUUCUGUGGCUGCUCGUGAGGAGGAAGAGAAGCUGUCUUUACCUAUGAACACUGCGACUCCUGUGACUGAAGAGAGUGAUGAGUCUCUGCCUUUCAGCCUGGAGAAGCCUGCAGGCAGUGAAAAGAAGAACGGCUCUGUCACAAGAGCCGUUUCCAGCUCUUGGAAGAUGCCGCCAUCUGUGUUUACUCGAGUGUGUGAAGCUGAACAUGAAGCCAAGGUUCAAGGUCCUGAAUUGCCUUGUUCAUCAUUCAGGAGUGACCUGUUUAAUUUCCCAAGGUCUCAGAAGGAAGAAGAGCCACCUGGAGCCUGGCAGAGCCAACAGAGGCUUGUGUCCUUGGGUUGUCGGCAGGUCCUUGAAUCUCGCCUGAGUGCUAAGCAAUCCUUGGGCUGCAUAGAGGAGGGAAAGGCCACGGAGCUUGAUGCUGCAUGGAAAGCCCCAAAGAAGCCAGAUUCCGGUUUUGCUGCAGAAGAGAACAAGAAAGGUCAAAUGUCAAAGGCCAGCUCCAGCAGCAAGGGGAUCCAGACUGUAGGAGAGUUUCUACAUGGUCCAGCAGACUUCAUGUCAGCAGCCACCCAGACAGUGUCUAGCAGCCAGGUGGAAGCCGGAACCAGCAUGGCUGGAUUGUGGCCUGGGCAUCAGAAUGCUAAAGUGCAAACAGAGGAGGAUCGUGCAUGGAGGCCAGCAAGCACUCCUGGGAACACACCAGAAUCUCUGCACAACCAGAGCGGGGGAGAAUUUGAUUUGCCUCACCCACCUGCAGGCAGAGUCCUGCGUCGUCACAUGCGAACGAUUCGUGAAGUGCGCACGCUUGUGACACGGGUCAUCACAGAUGUCUACUACAAGGAUGGGGCUGAAGUGGAACGCAAGGUGGUUGAGGAGAGUGAAGAGCCCAUUGUGGAGUGCCAGGAGUGUGAGGUGGACAUCUCUCCCUCCCACACAGGGGGCUCUUCACUUGCCUCUGGAGAUCUUGGAGAUGUCAGCUCCUUUUCAUCAAAGGCCUCAGGACCCCAGCGCACAUCCAGCGGAGGAAGCAGUGCCUUGUCGGUGGCUCAUAGUGGUGCAAGCUCUGGCCGAGGAGCUGGGCCCCUCAGAGGGGGGACUUGCCCAGAAAUGGUGUCUGUAGACUUUGCCUUGCCUCGGCUGAGAAAGCUGAGCCCUAAGAAGGGGGGCAGCCGGCAGGACCAUGUACCAGUCGCGGUGUGUGAGGACGACGAAGAGCAAGGCCUGAGCAGCCAACGAGGUGGAAGUGUGCCUCUUGCUCCUCGUGGACGAGGGAAAAGGGGCCGUCCUGCUUCACGCUCAACUGGAACAAGGGGCGAUCUGCCAGUGAUGGCGGAUCUUUCAGCAGCAGCAGCCUCGCCUGAAGGAAAACGUUCUACGCACAUCACAGGUCACCCUGAGAGGCAGGAGCAAGCUGAUGCUUGUCUGCGGCGCAGCAACUCCCCUGAAAUCCCCUUGCAAGAGCGGCUGGGUCUCUCUGAUAGCACAGGGCUCUCCUCCUCUUCCGGGAAUAGCCUUGUGGGCCUCCGGGUGGUGGCAAAGUGGUCCUCAAAUGGCUACUUCUAUUCUGGAACCAUCACACGGGAUGUCGGGGGUGCCAAAUACAAGCUCCUCUUUGAUGAUGGCUAUGAAUGUGACGUUCUGGGCCGAGACAUCCUCUUGUGUGACCCCCUCCCCCUGGAAACAGAAGUGACGGCCCUCUCGGAAGACGAGUUCUUCAGUGCAGGGGUGGUGAAAGGCCACCGGAAGGAGUCUGGGGAGCUGUUCUAUUGCAUUGAGAAGGACGGGCAGCGGAAGUGGUACCGGCGGACAGCGGUCAUCUUGUCUUUGGAGCAAGGGAAUCGACUCCGGGAACAAUUUGGGCUUGGCCCCUAUGAGCCCAUCACUCCCCUGAACAAGGCGGCCGACAUUAGCCUAGAUAACCUCGUAGAGGGAAAGCGUAAGAGGCGCACCCUUGGCUCCCCCAGUACCUCCAGCAGCACGACACCCAUCCGCAAGGGCUCUGAGAGCCCCCAGACACCGCACAGGUCGCUGCUGUCUGGCAAGAGGAAGCUGGUCACCUCCGAAGAAGAAGAGAAAUCCCCAGCGAAGCGGCGGCGAUCCACCCCGACGAAGUCAGGCGCCAAAGAGAUGGUGACCCUCCAAAUCCGUGGAAGGGACUCCGGAAGCCCCUUGGCGGCUGAUGACCAAUGGGGGCCUUUACCCCUCAACAAGACCCUUUUUUUAGGCUUUGCCUUUCUUCUCACAACAGCGAGCCCCACAGAUAAACCCUCUAUUUGCCGAAAACUUGCAGUGAACAGUGAAGAGGAGGAAGAAUUCUUAGAGACAACACCUUACAACCAGCACUAUGUGGAACUGCAGCUGCAAGCUGGAGGCGGUUUCAUCCUGGAGGACUUCAAUGAAAGCCAGUGCAGAGCAGCCUCUCAGUGCCUCCUGAUCGCGGAUCAGCCCUGCCGCACCCGGAAGUACUUCCUGUGCCUUGCCCAAGGAAUACCCUGUGUGUCCCACAUUUGGGUCCAUGACAGCUGCCAUGCCAACCAUCUUCAGAACUAUCGGAAUUACUUGUUGCCAGCAGGUUAUAGCCUGCAGGAGCAGAGACUGCUGGAGUGGCAUCCCCGAAAGAACCCUUUCCAUAAACUGAAGGUGCUUCUAGUGUCUGAUGAGCCACAGGACUUCUUGGAAUUCUGGUCCGAGAUACUCAUGAUGGGGGGAGCAGCUUCUGUCAAGCAGCAAGAAUCAGCCACAUGGAACAAAGAUGUGGGCAUAGGUGCAUUUGAUGUGGUGGUGACUGACACUUCCUGCCCACCCGCAAUCCUGAAAUGUGCUGAAGCAUUACAGCUGCCAGUGGUAUCCCAAGAAUGGUUGAUCCAGAGCCUCAUUGCUGGGGAUAGAGUUGGAUUCAAGCAUCCGAAGUAUCAACAUGGCUGCGGCCCCUGUUGAAACUUCCAUUUUGCUUUGCUAUCGUACAGGUUUUAAAUUUUUCUGUAACUUGACCAGUGCAUGAAGUGCUUGUAUAUAAUUGUAACUUCUGGACUUUUAUGAUAAAAAAAUAAAUGUCAGUUUUCUUGUUGUA